GUGUGUGUGUGUGUGUGUGUGUGUCCGCGUCCGCACGCGUUCACAGAGUGCUGCUGCGGAAGGAUCUAUUUAUUUUUGGCGUCUGACAUUAAAGCUCGCCCUUUUGCAAUGGCGGCGGCCCAACCCCGCCGCGAGAGCACCGGGGUUUGACCGGAGCUCUUCGUCCGUCCUCUGCCGUCUGCUCGUGAUGGAUAACCGUAAUAACCACGACUGAGCGACACGAGGUGAGAUACUGAGCGGUGUUCCUCCCUCCCCAGUGUGUCUUUUUUUUAAUGUGUUCAUUACUGCAGCCCGCAAAAGGUCAAAUAGUGCCAGAGGACGAGAGCGAGACGUUGUUCCCACACUGGCACCUGGCUGCAUUAGUCUGCACCCCGUGACGUGACGGCGAGUCUAGAUCCGAGACGCUUAUUUUUUUUCUUACUCGACACGAGUGAGACGGAGUUCAAACACCAACUGUAACAUUAGAAAGAGCAGUGGAGGAGGUCGUUCCCCUGCACAUGAAUGAAGGCGUCCAUCUGUACCAGACUGCUUUGAGCUGAGAGAGGAGAGUGGUUGUGCAGCCUCGGUGGUGAACCGGCAUCAGGGCCACCAUGACCAAAGAGGAGGAGGUCCCUGACUGGGUGGGAGCCCAGGAGUUCUACGACAAGUACGAGACCAAGGAGAUUCUGGGAAGGGGAGUGAGCAGCGUGGUGCGUCGCUGCAUACACAAAAGGACGUCUCUGGAGUAUGCGGUGAAGAUCAUCGACAUCACCCCCUCCGACAAGAUGACCCCGCAGGAGAUCGAGGAGAUCAGAGGGGCGACGGUGAAGGAGAUCGACAUCCUGAAGAAAGUCUGCGGACGAGACAACAUCAUUCAGCUCAAAGACUGCUACGAGUCCCACGCCUUCUUCUUCCUGGUUUUUGACCUGAUGAAGAGAGGUGAACUUUUUGACUACCUCACGGAGAAAGUUACUCUGAGUGAGAAGGAAACCCGGAACAUCAUGCGUGCUCUGCUGAAGGUGGUCCAGUUUCUCCACGGCCAGAACAUUGUCCACCGGGACCUGAAGCCUGAGAACAUCCUUUUAGACGACCAGAUGAACAUCAAACUCACCGACUUUGGCUUUGCUGUGCAAAUCAAGCCGGGACAGAGGCUCAAAGAGGUGUGUGGGACUCCUGGUUACCUCGCUCCGGAGAUCAUCGAGUGCUCCAUGGACGCAGGGCAUGCAGGAUACGGCACUGCGGUGGACAUAUGGAGUUCAGGGGUCAUCAUGUACACGCUACUCGCAGGCUCGCCGCCCUUCUGGCACAGGAAACAGAUGAUGAUGCUGCGUAUGAUCUUGUCUGGCAGUUACGACUUCUCGUCUCCAGAGUGGGAGGACCGCUCCGACACUGUUAAAGAUUUGAUCUCCCGGAUGCUGGUGGUGGACCCAACGGAACGAUACACAGCGACGGAUGUCCUCAACCACUCCUUCUUUUCUCAGUAUGUGGUGAAUGAAGUGCGGCAGUUCACUCCAUACAGGCGAUUCAAGGUCAUUUGCAUGACUGUUCUCGCAACGAUGCGAAUCUACUGCAACUACCGCCGCGCCAAGCCCGUCACCAAGGAGGUGAUCAAGAGCGAUCCGUACGCCGUCAAGCCCAUUCGCAAGCUCAUCGACGCGUGUGCAUUCAAGAUCUACGGCCACUGGGUCAAGAAGGGACAAACUCAGAACAGAGCAGCACUGUUCGAGAACACUCCCAAGGCCAUCCUGCUGUCGAUGGCUGCCGAGGCCGAAGAGCCGGCCCACCACAUCUGGUAACGAGCACGUGCUCCUGGGUGCACAAUAAUGGGUAUGAUACACAUGAAAUAACAUUUACUGGUAAAAUAGCAGUUUAGAGGAAAUAUUGUAUGUUUUAUUCAACUGUUUUGACUGAAAACGGACUCUUUGAACACUAUGCAUACAUUUCUACACCUUAUCUUUUACUGUAUGAAAUCUAAGCAAGUAUUGUUUUGUUUAAGGUUACAAUAUGGAUUUGAUUUUUAAAUGAUCAUUCAGUCACCUGGUUGAAUGACAUGUUAACUCUUCAAAUGGCCAUGUGUCAGAACUUUGACAGCCAAAGCAAAACAUGGGGCAAUAACAGACAAUUUAGAUUUGAUAAUGAAGCAGUUAACCUGCAUACUUGAAAUGACGUACUGUAUACCUUUUUGAUUAUUAUGCAGGAUGAACUGUACUCAAUUUACUUUAACAGCUUUGAGGGACAUUUUCUUUCUUACAGCUUUGAAAAGAAUGCUAUGGGUUUAUUUAUUAAAAUGUCUUGGUAAUGUAAAGGUUCAAACUUGUUGUGGUGCUUUUGAAAUUUUAGAUAUCAGGAUUGUAUUUUCUUUACCCAUUUUGUCCAACAAUGUUAAACCUAAUGUAGAACAAUAAUCCACAAGACCCAUUUUGAACAGUUACAAGUUUAUUACAAAAGAAGAGUGAGGUACAGCCACCCAAAGGCAGGCGAUAUUGCUUUCCCUGGUGGAGCUGUGGGUUG